CCGUUCCGGGGCGCGGGGCCGUCGCCGUGGCAGCGGCGAUGGAGGCGGCGGUGUCGGACGGGCAGUACACGGCCGUGGUGUACGGGCUGAUCCGCGGCGGGCGCUGCGCGGAGGCGGCGGCGCUGCUGAGCCGCGAGCUGCAGAGGGGCUGCCGCUCGCGGGGCGGCCUCUCGCUGCUGGGCUACUGCCACUACCAGCUGCAGGACUUCGCGGCGGCGGCCGAGUGCUACGAGCAGCUCUCGGCGCUGCACCCCGAGCUCGACGCCUACCGCCUGUACCGGGCGCAAGCCCUGCACAAGGCCGGGCUCUACGGCGAGGCCCUGCGAGCCGCCGGGCCGCUGCUGGAGCGGCCGGCCUACCAGGGCCGCGCGCUGCGCCUGCAGGCUGCCAUCCGCUACGCACAGGGUGACCUGGCCGCGGCCGAGAGCCUGGUGGAGGAGGCCUUGGCCGCAGCCAGCGAGGGCGGUGGUCCCGGGGCAGCCCAGGACCCCUCGGAGCGGGCCGAUGCCGAGGUGAACCUGGGCUGCCUGCUGUACCGGCAGGGCCGGCACGAGGAGGCGAGCGUGAAGUUUGCCGGCGCCAUGCAGGUGCUGGGCUGCUGCCCCGAGCUGUCCUACAACAUGGCGCUGUGCUGCUACGCCGCCAAGCAGUACGCUCCCGCCCUCAAGCACAUCUCCGACAUAAUAGAGCGCGGCAUCCACCAGCACCCCGAGCUCAGUGUGGGCAUGAGCACCGAGGGCAUCGAUGUCCGCAGCGUGGGCAACACGCUGCUCCUGCACCGCACGGCCCUUGUGGAGGCCUUCAACCUCAAGGCUGCCAUCGAGUACCAGCUGCACAACCUGAAGGCGGCCCAGGAGGCGCUCACGGACAUGCCGCCCCGGGCGGAGGAGGAGCUGGACCCGGUCACGUUGCACAACCAAGCGCUGAUGAACAUGGACAGCCAGCCCACCGAAGGGUUUGAAAAACUGCAGUUUCUCCUGCUGCAAAACCCCUGUCCGCCUGAAACGUUUGGAAACUUGUUGCUCCUCUACUGCAAGCAUCAGUACUAUGACCUGGCAGCCGAUGUGUUGGCAGAGAAUGCCCAUUUGACCUACAAACUGCUCACGCCUUAUUUGUACAAUUUCCUAGAUGCCAUUAUUACUUGUCAGACUGCCCCCGAGGAGGCUUUCCACAAGCUAGAUGACUCGGCAGGGAUGCUGACCGAGCAGCUGAGAAAACUCACAAAGCAGGUGCAGGAAGCUAGGCAAAACUGGGAUGAUGAAGCUGUAAAAAAGGCCGUUAAUGAGUAUGAUGAGACUCUGGACAAAUAUAUACCUGUCUUGAUGGCCCAGGCAAAGAUUUACUGGGACAUGAAGAACUACACGAUGGUAGAAAAGAUAUUCCGCAAAUCGGUAGAGUUCUGCAAUGAAUACGAGGUAUGGAAGCUCAAUGUGGCUCACGUGCUCUUCAUGCAAGAAAACAAGUAUAAAGAGGCUAUUAGCUUCUACGAGCCGAUAGUUAAAAAGCACUAUGACAACAUUCUCCACGUUAGUGCCAUUGUGCUGGCAAAUCUUUGUGUUUCCUACAUCCUCACAAGCCAGAAUGAAGACGCCGAGGAACUGAUGAGGAAGAUUGAGAAGGGGGAAGAACAGCUGUCCUAUGAUGAUCCUGAGAGAAACACCUACCAUCUCUGCAUUGUCAAUCUAGUCAUUGGUACCCUUUACUGUGUGAAAGGAAACUACGACUUCGGGAUUUCAAGGGUCAUUAAAAGCCUGGAGCCGUAUAACAAAAAACUAAGCACCGAUACGUGGUAUUAUGCCAAAAGGUGUUUCCUGUCCCUGCUGGAGAACAUGUCCAAGCACAUGAUCAUGCUACGGGACAGUGUUAUUCAAGAGUGCAUUCAGUUUCUGAAGCAAUGUGAACUGUAUGGAAGAAACAUCCCAGCUGUCAUUGAGCAGCCACUUGAAGAGAAGAGGAUGCACAGUGGGAAAAAUACAGUUACAUACGAAGCCAGGCUUUUGAGGGCACUGAUGUAUAAGAUUGUUGGAUGGACUCUGUAAAUGACAUUCUUGUACAGUAGAAAUGAGAAUCUUGUGUCUGUCGGAUCUUUUUGUGGGGUGAUGCUUACCCUGGUAGUACAUAGCGGUCUGCUUUUUUUCUUGACUGCUUGCAUUUAAAUAUUUUGUCCUGUAUUUUAGAAACAUUCAGUGGAAAAUUAAAUAUUUGCUUGAAAUUAACACGCACCAAAUAACUAGGGGCAUUCUCAGUCACGUCAUAAACACCUUAAGAUGCACUGGCCGAGCACUACAGAAAUACCAUAGAGUUUUCACCCGUAAAAUAUUUUAUCCCUGUGAAAUUUUCACCAAGCUGCUUUACAUUGUUCACAGCUGAAAAUAAUUUGCUCUCCACCUCUCCUAGUACAGAUAUUGAAGAAACAGUUAUUUCAGUUCUCUUAUUUGUGCCUGUGUGUGAAAUAUUUCUUUCUUUUGCUUCUUCCGAGCUGUUUUUAAUAUGUUGCAGACUAUGUUCAUAGUAUAUUCAAACAUAGAAAGCGGCUUUAUAAUAAAAAAUCACUCCUACAAAAAA